AUGGUCGCGCGAACUUCCGUGCGUUUGAUCUGGCGUCAAUUUAUCCAAAGUAGAAUGGGAGAAAUGUCUUCCAAAGUGCAAAUGAUAUCGCCGGAGGAAGCGCUGCCUGGAAGGGAGCAGAGCAUUAAAGUGUCAGCUAAGCACGACGUGAAUGGUAACAGGACAGUGCCACCGUUCCCAGAGGGAUUGCAGAUGGUCUUAUUCGGUAUGGGUUGUUUCUGGGGAGCGGAGAGGAAAUUCUGGAGGCAAAAGGGGGUUUAUUCCACUCAAGUGGGCUAUUCAGGCGGUUACACCCCAAACCCUACCUAUGAGGAGGUCUGCACUGGUAAAACAGGACACACAGAGGUGGUCCGGGUGGUCUUUGAGCCUCAGAAAAUCAAAUUUUCUGAGCUGCUCAAGGUGUUCUGGGAGAGCCACAAUCCCACCCAAGGAAUGCGUCAGGGCAAUGAUGUCGGGACAACUUAUCGAUCCAGCAUCUACACAAACACACAGGAACAGCUGGAGCAGGCUCUGCAGUCCAGGGAAGAGUAUCAGAAGGUGCUGACCGAAGAAGGUUUUGGAGCCAUUACCACAGAAAUAACCAUGGCCAAGGAGUUCUACUAUGCAGAAGACUAUCACCAGCAGUACCUCAGCAAGAACCCUGAUGGCUACUGUGGACUAGGCGGCACCGGGGUCUCUUGUCCUAUAGGGCUGAAGAGUAAACAUUAG